AUGAACCGAGCUAUCCUCCUCGCACGCCCUUUCAGGAGCCUCCGAUCUCUCUCCAGGAGCCUCACUCAGCAAGCCAACCGUCUUGACUCCGUCCUAGGAGGAGACCUGAGUCUCGGGCCUCUUGCCCCGAAGACUAUUGCCCCUAUGGCCUCUGCCAUGCACGUCAACAAUGUGGGAGCCGAUGAUCACUACAUGGUAGACUCUCCGCUCUUUCAGAGUGAGGCCGUGGAAGAGGCUCAGAUCAAGGACCGAGCUUAUGUCCUCGCCUUGGCAGAGUCGCUCCUGAUUAAGGUCAGCGUCAACUGGAGCCUCGAGCUUACCACAGCCAAGUAUGAACAAGCGCAUGCGGCUAGCCCUGCUGAAACUUACAAAGAGCGGGAGCACUGGAGGCAUGCGUUACAACUUGCCUAUGGCCCAAGCUGCAUGCACAGCUAG